CAAUUCAUCUGAAAAAUAGGUUAGGAGUUAAAGAAAAUUCAAAUGAAGCUGGUAGACUCUUUAAAAAAAUUUCGCAAGUAAUUCAAAAUACAACAAAGCUGCUAGGCUGGAGAUUUCCAAAUCUGGUGCCAAUUCGAAAUUUUGGGAUCUGA